AUGGAGAACAUGAUGCAGGGCAAUAAGAUCAGACGAGUUGCAGCUACUCGCAUGAAUGAGAGGUCAUCUCGAUCACACACGAUUUUCCGGAUUAUUCUGGAGUCGAAAGAUGCCAAUCAGAAAGAUGGACCUGUACAUAUAAGCUACCUUAACUUAAUGGACUUAGCUGGUUCUGAGAGAGUUUCUCUGACGAAAGCUGCUGGUGAGCGUCUUAAAGAGGGGGCUAACAUAAACAAAUCUUUGUCAGUAUUAGGAAAUGUGAUAAGGCAACUAAGCGAGGGGAAGGAGUUUAUCAGUUAUCGCGAUUCGAAAUUGACUAGACUGCUCUCACAGGCUCUUGGCGGUAAUGCCAAAUCAUUGAUUAUCGGGAAUAUCAAUGACCUCCUGGAUAAGAGCAAUCAGGGUUUAACUAUAAGAGAAGAUAUCAAAGGAAAUGUGCUGCUUGAUGCAAGGGAAGCUGUCGUAGACAAUGUUGAUAAAGUUAUGGAGAACAUGAUGCAGGGCAAUAAGAUCAGACGAGUUGCAGCUACUCGCAUGAAUGAGAGGUCAUCUCGAUCACACACGAUUUUCCGGAUUAUUCUGGAGUCGAAAGAUGCCAAUCAGAAAGAUGGACCUGUACAUAUAAGCUACCUUAACUUAAUGGACUUAGCUGGUUCUGAGAGAGUUUCUCUGACGAAAGCUGCUGGUGAGCGUCUUAAAGAGGGGGCUAACAUAAACAAAUCUUUGUCAGUAUUAGGAAAUGUGAUAAGGCAACUAAGCGAGGGGAAGGAGUUUAUCAGUUAUCGCGAUUCGAAAUUGACUAGACUGCUCUCACAGGCUCUUGGCGGUAAUGCCAAAUCAUUGAUUAUCGGGAAUAUCAGACCAAUGAUCCACCGCGAAGUAGCCGAUGGUCUAGAGCGUCUUUGGAACGUAAGAGUAAACUGCAUAUGGGAAGCCGAUGAAAGUAGUCGCCAUGGAGAGGUUUAUAUAUUCGACCAUGUAUUUAAUCAGGAAUGUACAAAUUCAGAUGUAUAUGGAUCUGUAGUAAAACCUUUAGUCGAUUCCUUCAUGGAAGGUUUCAAUGCCACAAUAUUUGCAUAUGGCCAAACAUCUUCUGGCAAAACACACACCAUUUUGGGCAAUAAAACAGAUCCUGGGCUUUUCCAAUUAGUAUCCAAUCAGUUAUUCCAGCAUGUGGCAGACCAGGUUGAUAAGAGGUACUUGAUUAGAUGCAGUUAUAUUGAAAUCUACAAUGAAAAGAUCAAUGACCUCCUGGAUAAGAGCAAUCAGGGUUUAACUAUGAGAAGAUAUCAAAGGAAAUGUGCUGCUUGA